CGGCAGACGACUAGUCUUCACCGGGAUAGAAAGCUGAAGCAAUAAGAACAGAACUCCACUACUGGAAUUGGAUUCCAGUACAAAGCAGUAACCUGGCUAACUCUCGUAUAGCCAAUCUCCUACUACCGAAUGAAGAAGCUCUAACAACCUAAUCAGAUUCUAUCUAUCUCAGGUUGCAGCAGAAAUCAGGAAAAGCUGAUCAGACUUCAAUCAAUUCAAUAAAACAUGCAUCAUUCGAUUAAAAUCAAGCAGUAUAAUCAUCCCAAGUCAUUACAAUCAAAUCCCUAACACAUGGAACUAGGGUUCUUCAUACCCAAGUGAGAGAAGGGUUCUACUCCAUAGAGAGAGAGAGAGAGGAAAACAGAAUACAAAGCAGUCAUACUCAUAACAAUGGGAAGAAUCUGCUCUGGGAUGAUGAUUUCCACUCCUAUGACGAUCUCCAAGCUCGAUUUGAUGAAACCCAGCUCCAAGAUUGCUUCUAGGAUGUGUUCUUCACACUUUCUCUCUCUAGGGCUCUGUUUUUGCUCUCAAAAGUCGAUCCUCUCACUUGUGGCCCGAAAUUGGGUAAAAACCAGAAAAUCCUGAUCACAUGGGCAGGCCACACGGCCGUGUGGCAUACCCAGUUGCCCGUGUGAGGUCAAAACGCAGCGUUUCAAAUAAUUGCACUUCAGGCUACCUACACGGCCAGGGACACACGGCCGUGUGGCUCACCCAGUCUGCCCGUGUGAAGCCUCGCAUAAUCCCACACGGCCACAUUGCUCAUUCACACGGCCGUGUGGGUUUUAUUUGUGCCUAUGUGGCUUACUCAGCGACUCUCCACGCGUCCGAUCUUCGUCCAAUCGACCCCGAACUCGCUCUCAAACCUUCAUUCACGUACUAGGACCUGAAAUAUCACAAACAAGCACAACCUAGCGUGAAAUCGGUCUAAAACACGAGAAUCAACACCUCAAACGGCUCAAGAAUAGGGGUAAGAACAUGUGUAAUUAACGGUUUAUCAAACUCCCCCACACUUAACCAUUUGCUAGUCCCCAAGCAAACCAAGUCAGACACAAGAUAAGCUCACAAUUUCAAUCAUACCAACAUUGGGGACAAAUCAUAUAGGCACAAAACACGUGAAUCAUACUGGCUUUCAAACAUCAACACAUGAACAACCUCAAUAGCAACCUGGACAACCACCACAGAAGACAUUCGAGUGCAGCAAAAUCGAGUAAAGGAGAAGUCUCCCUUCUGUUCAUCAACCAACAUAGACUUGACUCAACCACUUACUCAAGACAGUCAACUCAUGCAUAAAACUCAAGACAUCAGAAUCAAGACCGAGCCAUCUAGGUCCUCACCGGGGUAAAGAGUGUAAAGAACAAGGAAAUGAAUCGCUCACUCUCGACCAGUGGGGUCAGGACAAAUUUAUGCGAAAAAUGCGCAUACUUAUUCUCUCAAUUCCUAACAUCUUUUCACCAUGACGGGAGCCUCUAAAUGUUAGAGUUCACAUAAAUGGUUGUCAUCACUAACUAAUCCGGAGGUCUUAGACACAGGUUCAAGUGACUGACUAGUGUCUUGGAUAUGGGGAAAAGGCCUUUUAGGUGGUGGAAGUAUUCAUAGCACAAGGUUCCACAAUUCCAAACCCAACAAACUCACAGUCAAUCAAACCAGUACUUUCUUUCUGCUAUUCUGCAUUACUCAAAUUCUUCAGAGCACAAGAGCGAAGGAGGUCACAUAAAUGCUAGUAUUUCCAAGCCAGACUGCUAAGAAACACUACUUAAUGGGCACUAUUCAGAUUUUUGGCGGUGGUUCUCUUUUGCUUUCAUUUUUUCUUUGUUUUUCUUUCAUUUUUUUCCAUUACUUAAGAGAACCACCACCUCUGCACAUAUUUCAAACAUAUGCCCAACUUUUAAACACUACCUCCAACCCUCUUACUAUAUUUAGCAGAAACAGCAGAGAACAUGUAAAAAUCACUCUGUGGAACCUUCUAAAAGAUGCAAAAGGGUGAUUUUUCAUUGUAGACCGAAAGAAAGAAUAACACACGGCUCAAAGGGGCUGACUAGGGGAUAUGACACACAAGGACAGUCAAUUUGGUCGUGGCUAAUCCUAUGCCUCCAUCAUCUUAGCUAAUGACAACGUGAAUGCUACACAUCAUGGAAGAGGGAACUAUCGCACAAGAAAGAAACGAGCAGACUCAAAUCUCACAUGGCUACCUAUAUGCUCUAUCUCUCAUUCUGAUUCCCUGAACUAGAUGCAUAAGAGACUGUCAAAAACAAGUAAUCAAUCCAAGUCGCAGUUGAUAAGCAAAGAGUUGAAAAACUGAACCCCUACACAAUCCUAUUGCACGUCUCAGUCAUCAUUAUAGGUUGUCCUAGUCACCAUCCAGUUAACAUGCAUUAAUUCGAAAACCAUUCAAUUCACCAAUCAAAACACAGUGCCAAU